CUACUCAUGGCGGCUACCCUGGUUGGUGAUGCGUUACCAACGUCUGGGCUGUCCCAGGCCCAAGGCUCCGCGUGGCUACCAGGCCCAGCACUGGGAGGCUGUGCAGAGCGUGGCGUUUACUCUUUAUUGCUACUCUGCAGAGGUUGGCAACAUAUGACCCGCUCUACAGGAAGGAAACAGGUUCGGAGGCAUUGGGAAAACGAUCAAGGCCACUUGGUUGGACACUGGCGGAGCCUCGCACUCAAACCUGUCCCGCCUCAACUCCGUGCCAGGCCAACAACUCGCCCUGGGCAGUUCUGGCUGGGGAUAAGGGGGAUGGGGAGCCGGAAGAGAGCAGCAAGGAUGCGAUCCCGAAGGAACUUUCCUCCUCAGACUGCUCCAUGUCCAUGUGGGGCAGGUCGCUGAGGAGUUCAAAACCGUGCUCAGUACCGCGUUUGGGUCAUGUGGGACCAAGUGGCUUGGGGAAACUGACGCAGCUGUGAGAAGAACGAGUUGAGCGGAGCCUAUGGACCCUGCGAGCUUGUGACCACAAGAGGGCGCCCCGGAGCACGGCCCAGUCCCCGCCCCUGCUGGAUGGGGACCGGCCUCUUCUCCCACCAUUCCUCCGCCGGGUCUAAUUCACCGCCAGUACGCGUCUGCUUCCAGUCUGCGCGAGUCCACACAGCUCCCCAGAUCAAGAAGCUGAGGCCCAAGGUUACACACUAAAGUGAAUGGCAGAGGCAGAAAUAACACCUAUGUCCUCCUGACCCCAAAGCAUGUUCCUAAAGUUCUGGAAGCCAACUGGAGGCUUCCUUGCGGCUCCUGUGGGACCACCACCCUGAGCAGGGUGUUCUGUGGCCCCUCAUCAUUGUGGCUUUCGACCACAGGCCCUUCACCAGCCAGCAGCGGCAGGCAUGGCGGCAAGCGUGGAGCAGCGCCAGGGCACCAUCCAGGUGCAGGGCCAGGCCCUCUUCUUCCGAGAGGCCCGACCCAGCAGUGGGCAAGCUCACUUCUCUGUACUGCUACUGCAUGGUAUUCGCUUCUCCUCUGAGACCUGGCAGAACCUGGGUACACUGCACAGGCUGGCCCAGGCUGGCUACCAGGCUGUGGCCAUUGACCUGCCAGGUCUGGGGCACUCCAAGGAAGCAGCAGCCCCUGCCCCUAUUGGGGAGCUGGCCCCUGGCAGCUUCCUGGCGGCUGUGGUGGAUGCCUUGGAGCUGGGCCCCCCGGUUGUGAUCAGCCCAUCACUGAGUGGCAUGUACUCCCUGCCCUUCCUCACGGCCCCUGGCUCCCAGCUACGCGGCUAUGUGCCAGUGGCCCCCAUCUGCACUGACAAAAUCAAUGCUGCCAACUAUGCCAGUGUGAAGACUCCGGCUCUGAUUGUAUAUGGAGACCAGGACCCCAUGGGUCAGUCCAGCUUUGAGCACCUGAAGCAGCUGCCCAACCACAGGGUGCUGAUCAUGAAGGGGGCGGGGCACCCCUGUUACCUGGACAAACCAGAGGAGUGGCAUACAGGGCUGCUGGACUUCCUGCAGGGGCUCCAGUGAAGCCCAGCACUGCUGCAGGGGGUGGGCUGCCUGCCUGCUCUGAGCUCUCUCUGGCGCGCUCUCUCUUCUCUCACGGGCUCUGCCUCAUGCACAUGCAACAGGUGCGUCUGUCUAUAUGUCUGUCUGGGUUCUUGUUUUUUGUGGUCUGUUUGUCUUUUCUGCCUCUUUCUCUUGCAGUGAUAGGCUGAGGGGGUAAAAUCAAGAGAAAAAACCCUCAGGAAUCAAGGAACAUAAUCCGGUGGAGGGUAAUCCAUUACCUGAGCUUCUCCUGUUCUUCCACUUUCCUGCCUGGCUUUCGCUCCUUCCUCUGCUUUGCCCAGCCUUUCCCUCCCACCCUCUCCUCCUUCUGCAAAUGCCCUGAAGGCCAGCCCUUCCCCCAACACCCACUUCCCCACCCCGUUAGGCCCCAGAUACAUACAUGCCCACAUGCACACUUACAUGUUUAGAGCCAUCCUUGUUCCUAAAUAUGACCCUUCGCUUGAGGGCAACUGCAUAGGUACAUGGAACUCUGGACUGGCAAGCACAUUGUCAUGUACAGCUUUGCAUAUACACACGUGCAUACAUGAUCCUUCACACAAGCACUUGCACAUGUGGACUCCUAACCAUGCUAACCUCACUGGCUGGGAAAGUGGGGACCCCAUGGGGCCAGCCCUUGCAGGAGGCCCUUUUGCAAGGCUUAGGGUGUGGCCAGCCCUGAAAGCUACUUUGGACACAGGUUUCAGCGGGCCCCAGCUCAGAAGUGACCCCCAGAAAGGGAGGGCCACCGCUUUGCCCCCCUGCUUUUACCCUUCCUUCUGGGUGCUCUAUACCUCCGAGGUUACCAGGCCUGAGGCAUCUCAGCCAAGCUUGUUUCCUGCUGUGAGGCUUUGGGGGUGGGAGCCAGAGUGGAGGUCGGUGAAAUAAAGUGAUGCAAUUAGA